AUAUAUCAAAGUGAUUUUGUCUGAUUGUGUGCGAAUGGGCUUGUCAUAGUCCAUAGUCUUGGUCGUUGGUCGUCUUGGUGGUUCUGUGUGUUAUUUUAUACUCCGGUUUGGUUUUAUAUCAUAAAAUCUCGUGUCACUAAUAAAUAAUCCAUCAGGAAGGAAAACAAUCAAAGAUUUAGUUUUAUUUGUACGUCUAAAAGUUAAUUUAUAUAUAUUUAUCAAGAUGAGGAAACAAGGACAAGAUGUAAUGCAAGUUAAUUUAGCGGGAAUAAGACGUGAUAUACUAAAUCUUGCUCACAAUUAUAGUCUUGCUCAGAAAUUAGUUAGAAAAGCGACGAGCAACGACCCAUGGGGCCCCAGCAGCACACUGAUGGCUGAAAUAGCCGAUCUGACUUACAAUGUUGUUGCAUUCACAGAAAUAAUGCAGAUGCUGUGGAAGAGAUUGAACGACCAUGGAAAAAAUUGGCGGCACGUUUACAAAGCCCUGAUUGUCCUGGACUAUCUGAUAAAAACAGGAUCCGAAAAGGUGGCACAGCAGUGUAAAGAAAAUAUAUUUGCUAUUCAAACGCUUAAAGAUUUUCAGUACAUGGACGGUAUUAAAGAUCAGGGUAUUAAUGUAAGAGAAAAAGCUAAGCAGUUAGUGGCCUUACUGAAAGACGAUGAACGUUUGAGAAAUGAACGUGCACGGGCUUUGAAAGCUAAAGAGAGAUUUGCUCAAUCUGCCAGUGGUUUUGGAAGCGAUGGUUUGGAUGCCAUGUCAACUUUAGGUGAUCUUUGUUCACCAGACUGGGAGCCGUAUCGAGGAAAAUCUGAAUCUAAACCCGAACUAGAAGCAGCUAGACCGCAGACUGUUGGCGAGGAGGAGCUGCAACUGCAGUUGGCACUUGCGAUGUCGAGAGAGGAAGCCGAACAAGAGGAACAGAGAAGACGCAGUGACGACGUGAGGUUACAACUAGCUCUCAGUCAAAGUCAGCAGGAUUUCAAAGCACCGCCAACUGAAAAGCAAAGCCACAUGCUCGAUUUACUUGACGUAAAUCUCGGCGAAGCCAGCGGUGGUUCACAGCAAGUUGAUCCAUGGGGCGUUCCGAUAGUUCCACCUCCACCCAGACCUCAGUCCUUGGACUUAUCUCGUUAUUAUUAUCGUGAGACUCACAUCGAUCCAUGGAGCGCUCCAACAACAAGCAGUGCUACUGCAGCAGCAGUACCACUGGAUCCGUGGUCACCAGCUCCACCUCAGCGUCCAACAGCAUCAGUAGAUCCAUGGCGAGCACCCGCACCAUCUCCGGCAACAGUAGCAUCACCAGCUCGUACUGGAACCGCUGGUACCACUGGGACCACUCUUGAUCCCUGGUCUCUGGCACCAACGACCACCGAGGCCUUGACAACACCGUCCACGUCUUUUAAUAACUCAACAUCACUAACACCACCAAAUAUUGGGUUCAAUGUUGUACAGUCGCCGCAAAAUAUUGGCUUCAGCAAUAUUUCAUCACCAAGUGCUUCGGGAUUUAAUAAUAAUAACAGCAAUGGUUUUAGUAGUUCCGGUACUAGUUUUAAUAAUUUUAAUAGCUCACCAAAUCAAGGUAGCACGACGACCAGUCCAUCUGGUGAUUUUGAUGAAUUUGACAUAAUAAGCAAUCGUAAUAAAAUUAGAUCGAGUCCCCAACCUGUCAAUAAUGGAGGUACAAUGUCACCUGAUCCAUUUAAUUUCGGUACACUCAAUGAUAAUUUACCAGCGAGUACUGGUGCUGUUAAAAAAACACCUCAAUCAUUUCUCGGUGAAAACUCAGCGCUUGUUAAUCUUGACAAUCUUGUGAGCACAUCAACAAUCAAACUAUCGACUCCUGCGGCUACUGUUUCAUCAGCAUUCACGGCCAAUCCAUUUGCAACAGUAACACCACCACCACGUCCUACAAUAAACCAAAUUCGGCAGGAUCCAUGGACAGGAAAUGGUAGCAAUUCUACGACCGCCAAUCCAUUCCUUUCGUAGCUGAAUUUAAAUAGUCAGGAAGUUGUAACAAAACAGAAACAAUAACAAAAAUAAUAACAAAUAUAAAAUAAACAAAAAACAAAAAAAAAAAGAAUAGAAGGAGAAAAAGAAGAUGGAAUUUUUUAAUUAAAAUAUUUUACAAUUUUCGUAUGAUAUUUUAGUUUUUAUUGAGACUAAAAUACAAACUAAAUCAUGGAUGAAUUUAUUAUAAAAUAUUUAUUGACUGGUGUCAUUAAAUCAACGAAAAAAAAUGUAAUUAUUGCCUUUUCCUCAUUAUUAAUUAUUAAUUAUUAUUAUUAUUAUUAUUAUCAUUAAUUAUAAUUAUUGAAAUGUAGAGUAGGAAAAAGGCUGGCAAUCGUUAAGAACUGAUUGAUUGUCAUUAAAUUAUAUAGUACCAAUAUAUUAUUAAUUAAUUUAAAUAUAAGCGAUAUUAUUAUUAAAAUAAUAAUAAAGCGAAAUGGUUGCGUCUAGGCCACGAAGAAUAGAUUUUAUACACGCUCUUUUUUGAAUAAUAGUAUAUUUUUUAAAUCAUCAACUAUUGAUUCAAUAAAUAAAAUAACGAUGAUGCAAAGUAAUUUUAAGUAAACGGGGACUAGAGCUAACGGUGAAGGCUUAUCGUGUUUCAUUUUUUGUUAUUAUUUUUAUUCGAUUAAUUGACAUUUAUAUUUAUAAUUGAUUUCUUUUUGUGAAAAUUAAUAUUUAUUGAUAUAUAACUAGCUUCGAGCUUGGCAGCAACUUAUCGUAAUUGUAAUUUAUAAAAAAAAUGCUUUAUUAAAAAAAAAAACAAAUUAUAUAUAUUUUGGAGUUAAUUUUGCUUAAUCGGAAAAUUUAAUUUAAAAUUAUACAAAUAAUUUUUUAUUAUUAUAAUUAUAUAUUUUUGAUUAUUUAUAAUAAUAAUGCGAGCGUAUGUAUAUAGCCGUAGAUUGCUGAUGUGAGAAAAAAAUGAAUUAAUCAUGAUAAGUUACUAUUAAAAUGGUAUUAUUGAAAAUUGUACAUUCUAUACAAUCAUAUAAUAUAUUAUUAUUAUUAUUUUA